AUGCUGUUACCCUGUCGACGUUCAUUUUAAUUUGAACCAAACAGUGUUAGGUAUUUGCGAAGUUGAUUGUCCGUUAGCAAGGCAAGAGAGAUGCCAAAAGGACAGUCCCAGCCCUGAUUCAUCAACAGCUAGUGGAAUUACAUGACAAACUGAUCGACUGUGUAGUAAUUCGUCUUCAUAAACGCUGGAGCGAAGAUAACUGAGAAAAUUCAGUGGUCAGAACUUCAAGAUGUCUUCUGUUGAUGAUCUUUCAACUGAGAGUAAAUUGUCUGUCAUCCUUGAAAAGAGACCAAAGCUCAUCGAGCAAUUGGCCUUAUGCUUGGACAGAGAAAUGAGAUUUAUACCCAAUUGGAGACAUUUGGCAAGGAAUCUUCAUGUCGACGUGAAUGUCAUUAAAAGACUUGGGCAGUACAAUGACUACAGUCCUACCAUCCGAUUGUUUGAAUUCCUCGAGGUCACACAACCGGAUUUAACGAUUAAACAACUAAAAGACGCGCUACUGGAGAUCUGGAGUAACGACUUGUUUAGUUUGCUGUCUUCGAAAGCUGUUUGUGCUGACACUGAAAAAGUUGUUGAUGUGAUCACUUCGCCAAGUUAUGAAGCUCGUUCACCCACAGCUGGUCUUUUGCACGAAAUUGCGUUGGAUUUAGACGGGAGUUCACAGACUUUGUCCAAAUGGUACGCCUUGGCGUUAAAACUGGGUGUGCCAAGAUAUACCUGCUGGACGUUUGAAAGACGAUUGACAGAAAAUCCGACCAGUAUGAUGUUCCGGUACUUGGCUGUCGCUUGCCCACAAAAGACACUUUCAAGUCUCAUGGAAGCUCUGGAAUCUAUUAAGAGAAAGGACCUGAUGGUAUAUUUUAAUUGGAAUAUACUAGAAGGCGACAUGUUACUUAAGGAUAUCAUAACCCCUGAAUCGAAACUCUUAGAAAGUUUGGCGCUAGAACUUGAUCGAGAGGAGAAUUCUGGACGAAAAAACUGGAAACAUCUGGCCUGGAAAAUGGAAAUACCAGCUGACGUAUGUCGAGCGUUUGCUAAUGUCAAUCAAAGUCCUACGAAAGAGGUUCUAGAAUGGGUGGCCGCGCAGCUCCCUGAAAUAGCAUUAAGUGACGUUGUAAAAGCACUAAAUGAGAUUCGGCAAAACGACGCUAUACAGAUAAUAUCUGAGUAUUUUCCAGUUGAUUCAGCCUUGCAAGGACUUGGUGAGACUUUCAACCUAAACGAAGAAUGUUCCUCUGCUGAAGAGAUUUCCCUUGAAGAGGACAUUGCUCCUUGUUACGUUUUGGCUCGGGGUGAAAAGGCUAUAGCAGCGUACCAGAGAGCUUUAGAGGAGGGCGAAAUAAUGGACAGACGUGUCAAAGUCAUGCUUAUAGGCCAGGACCGUGCUGGGAAAACUAAUGUUGGGCAUGCCUUAAAAGGCGAGAAAUUUAACCCAAAAGAAUCGAGUACAGAUGGUGUACAAAUGCACGAGGUCCUGAAAGAUGUUGGUGUUCAGCCAUGGAAGAGUUCCAUUUUGACAAAAGAAACGACGACAUACCAUCACAAAUGUGCCGAGUUAAUAUGUAGAGAUUUGUUGACUGGAAUAAAUCAAGAGUCAAUGACUACAGCAAACGAGGCCUCCACUCUCGAACAAGAUCUUCCUGUACACUCCCAAGUUAAUUCAAGUCCAGAAAUGGAGGGUUUGAAACACGAGACGUCCUCUGUCCCAGAAGAGAAGUUUGAUGAAGUAAAGCAAAUAGGGCCUUCCGCCAACAACACCCGAAGAGAAUUCGAGAGGGAGGCCUCUUGGGAAAAUAUUACUCGCAUUGUGGACGGAAAACUCCGAGGAAAUGAUUCUGAUGGCGAAGAAGGAAUUUGGCCAAUUAUUUGGGAUUUCGCUGGUCAGGCUGUCUACCGUGCCAUCCAUCCUAUCUUUAUGUCAUCUGAGGCAAUUUAUCUCUUGAUGGUUGAUCUUUCGAAAAAUCUUUUCGCUGCAGCCCAGUGUCGUGUAAAAGAAAAUGGUCGAGAAGAAGUCACUAUUCCUGCCCCCGAUUGUAAUGAUACGAACUUUGAUCAUAUCAUGAGAUGGUUGGACUUGGUUCACUCCUUGAGACGUUCAAGUCGAAUGCCUCCCGUGAUUCUCGUUGGAACACACAUAGACUUAGUAGUUGACCCUAAACAGAAACUUGACGAUUUGAAAAGUACCCUCUGCAAUAAUUCAAGAGUUCUCAGCGAUCACAUUGCAAUAGCCUUGAAUGUAGAUAACACCAAAGCUGGCAUAAUCUCCCCUCAAGGAGAAGAUACAGGAAUUACCAAAUUACGCGAGAAAGUUUUAGAGACGGCCGGCAAAUUACAGCAGACAAAAAGGAAAGUUCCCCUGAAAUGGCUCCAGGUUGAAGACAGAGUGUAUGAUAUGGCAAAGAAAGGCACAAAAUACACAAAACGGGAACACUUAAGGCUGAAAAUAGUCGACGAAAUCGGCCCGUUGGAAAAGGAAGACGACUACGAACACCUCUUGAACUUCCUUCAUGAUCGCGGCACUAUUUUGUACCAUGUCCAGGCCGAGCAUCCCAAUGGGUUGAUCGUGCUGGAUCCACGAUGGUUAAUUAAGGUGCUCUGUAAGAUAGUAUCUGUUAAAACCCACGAGGAUGAAGAACUGUCCCUUUUUUCGCUCCGCCAAGAUCUAAAAGAGAGAGGUACUCUUCAUGGAGAGCUUCUCGAUCAUGCGUUAAGCGCCCAGAAACUCUCUCACAUCAGAGAAUCCUUGUUAUUCACAAUGGAAAAGUUUAAUCUACUUUGUAGAUUCAACGACAAGGAUGGCAAGCCUGCCUUCUUGGUGCCAUGUAUGCUGACAACCACGCCAGAAGAAGAUCUGAUUCCUACAGAAGAUGAAGGAUAUGCUCCCGUGUACAUCACAUUUGACACUGAUUAUGUUCCCGCUGGGCUCUUCUGUAGAAUUCUUGUUCUCCUUGGUAAGUGGGCUGCAUCAAAAACCAGUUGGGACCAGCAACAGUUCUUUUCCAAUGCUGCCCGGUUUAUUAUUGGAGAUCGGACCUGUCUAGGGCUCGUCUGCCACAAAAUUGUCAUAAAGGUCCACAUUUGGUCAAUGGACUCUUCCAACCCGGUAAAGAGGAAUCCGACACUCUGCGAGGAAGCCUUCAGAUCUCUCAAGGAGACUUUGACGUUUCUGGAAAAGGAGUGUUACUGGAUGCGUGAUGUUUCCUGGAAGUUCUCUGGUAAAUGCAACCCGUGUCUGGAGAAAGUAGAUCCCAAGAUUAAAAAUUGCUCUCGGCAUGACAAAAGAGGAUGUGACAGUGAUGACUGUGCCCACUAUGUUGACAUAAAUCCUCACUCAUUCUUCUGUGGAAAGGCUAAAGUUCGUGAUCUGCGCCUCAAGUGGACUUGGAUACAGGUCAGUGCCAAAAUACCUCUACAUAAGAUUCCAUUUCAGAACUGUUAA